AUGCACGCCUCCGGAGUUCGUUUCGCUAGCGGAUCAGUCAAUUCGAUAUCUGCGCAGGAGUGUGGGCUUGUCUCCGGCGACAAACUCCAGCGUGGUGGGGGCAUCCUGCACGUCGACUCGGGAAGAAAACACCAGCGGCAGCACAGCUUGCCGCGGUUCGUGGCGAAGGUCUUCUUGGUUUCUUCUGCUAUUGUGGUUGCUGCUAUGCUGGUCAUCGCCCACCAGCGGAAGGGGUGGAGCGGGAGUGGAGCGGUGCUGCCAUCCCAUGGAAACGACAGGGCGACUGCGACAGCGACUGCUUUAGUUCAACGUGGUAACAGCAAGGGACGAUUCAGGUCGGAAGGCCUCCAUGACCAGAAUGACCGCGAACACCUCGAUGCAGCUUCAAUCCCAGCCUCUUCUCGGGCACCCUCUAGCGUGUCAAGGGCUCUGGGUGACAUGCCUAUCACGACAGCUCCUGAUCCGGGUGGCGACGGUGAUGGCGGUGGAGGUGCUGCUACGACGUACGAAAAGCGGGCACGAAUCGGCUACUUGAUCAUGUCCAGCGGGACCGAAGAACUCCACAAGACGAAACGCCUACUCAAGGCCAUUUACGAUCCGAACAACUUCUACCUUGUGCACCUGGACCGUAAGGACAAACGCUCUAUCCGGAGAGAUUUCGAGAAUUUCAUCGAGGAAUGGGACAACGUCAGGAUGCUUGAACCCGCUCUGGACGUGUCGUGGGGCGGCUACACCAUCACUCUCACCGCCAUUUUCGGCAUAUGCACCAUGGUGCAAUGGAAUGACGAGUGGGACUUUUUCAUCAACCUUUCUGCUUCAGAUUUCCCGCUUCUUCCUCAGUCCGAACUGACUACCGUGUUGGGCAAGUACGCGGAUGUGGGCAUGAACUUCGUUUCAGGAGAACCCCUCAACGAGAGGAACAGGGUAGAGGUGCUCAUCGACGAUCAGGGCCUCUACCGGGAAAAGCAGUCGUCAAAGGCAGGCAGGCCCCUCAAGGUCGGCAAGGCUCGACUUCCCCCGAGCAAGUCCAUGUUCACCGUCUAUAAAGGAGAGUUCUGGGUUAUCCUUCACCGCUCUUUCUGCCAAUACCUUGAGGCGUCACCAGACAACGUCGCUCGCUCACUGCAGGCAUACUUCUCGAAGUUCCGCAUUUCCGACGAGAGCUAUUUCCAGACCGUGCUUUGCCAUCCUCUGGCGCCGAGCUUCCUUGUUCACCCGGACAAUCUUCGUUUCGUAUCGUGGCCUGAUGUGAUUGAGGGCCACUAUGUAUUGCACCCGGAUCCCAUCACGGGUGGUGCGAGUGGUAACGUCAACGUCGCCAUGGACAGUGGCGCUUUGUUCGCCAGAAAGUUCGACACAAAGGUGUCUCAAGAGGCCUACACCGUGCUUGAGAAAAGCCUGAGCGAGCCAAACCCCGGGCGCCUUGCUCGGGCUGCCAAUCGCCUCAAUCCGGCUGCCGCCGUCACUGGGAGGCAAAGGUUCUGCUUCGUACCCGACGGGUACAGCAUUCAAGAGGUGCUCUCCCGCCCCCCCAAGAAGGCCAUGGGCAUGCACCAGGACAGAUCCGACGGCAGCAGCAGCAACAGAAACCGAGACGGUUCUUCUUCACCUCUUGCUGUUGGUAAGGAUCAACUUCAGCGCCAGCCCAGCUUUCAAACGAGAGAGGCGAGGGAGGGGGAAGGCGGCAGCGAGCCUUAA